AUGAAAGAUCAACAGCAAAACAAUCAUGUAUGUUUUACGACGGAAUUAGUAAAUGCUUUUGAACGUAAACUAUAUGUAUCAAAUGAAAAUGAUGGUAUUUUAUGUCAUGAUAAUGUUUUAUGUUAUUUAUCAAAUAUUAUUGCUAAUGGAUCAACACAAGAAAUUGAAUUUCAAUUAAAAAAUUAUUUUACUAAUGAUGAAUUAGAAACAUCAAGAUGGCAUCUUUUUAAUUGUAUUGAUUAUUGUCUAUGUAAGGAAAAUAAUCAACAUUUAAAAAAGAUAUUUGAACAAUGUAUAAGUAAUCUACGUAAACAUCCACAAUUACCAUCAUUAAUAUUGAUUAGUACAAUACAAACAUUGUACAUAAAUAAUUUAUUUGAUUGUUUACCAACAUUUGUUGCCAAUGAUUGGAUGUCAAUGGUUCGAAAAAUUCAAAAUAUGGAAGAAUUAGAUAUUAUGCCUAUUCGUACUAAACAUCAAAAUUUUAUUGAACAAAUGGCAAAUUUAAAAGAUAAUUUGGAUAAAUUAUUUAAUAUAAUUAUCCCAUUAAAUGGUUUAAUAGCAUCAAAAAGGCAACAAAAAUCAAAUGAUUUUUGUUGUUUACAAUCCUUGUGUUCUCAUACAUCAUUAUAUCGGCAACCAUCGUAUAAUCGCAGAUCAUCCUUAAUGACUUCUUCAUUACAUAGUGGUCUCAUGGAUUCAAAUAAUCAACUGACAAUGGAUUAUGUAUCAGUUGAUGAAACGUUUCAUGCAUUAUCCGAUUCAUCUCUACCAAGUUCAUAUCAUCAGAUAAACGAUGAUUUAAUUGAAAUCAAAGAAAAUAAUUUAAAUCUGUGUAAAGCAUAUUAUAAUAGACCCAUUGGUUACAUUAGAAGUCCGGUAUCAAAUUUUGUAAUGCCAACAAUUUGUGCAAAAGAUAAUAAUAACAAUAACGUGACAGAGAGCGAAACAAUUGAUGAUUUAGUAGAAAUUGGUACAUUAACCAAUAAUGAUGAUUCAGACAAUUUGCGAAAGUAUAAUCGAUAUGCUAAACGUAGUGUCUCAUUUCAAUCAGGUGGAUCUAUUGCAAUUAAACAUGAAACAGAUGUAUGGAUCUAUCCUGUAUAUUCAGGACCUCUUACUAAUAGAUCAAUAACAUCAACAGACAAUUUUUCAGAUGAUUUCUUGACUACUCAACCAAGCAGUCUCGAUAAUGAAUAUAUUUUGAACAGACAUGAACUAUUAAAAGGACGGUCAGAUUCACUCAAUGAAGCUACGUCGAAAUCACGUUUCUAUGGUACAUCCAAAACAAAAGAAUCCGAUAGGAUACUGGGUUUUCCAGAUGAAAUGUAUCGUGUUCGACGAAUGUAUUUUCACGAUUUGGCUAUGGCCUACAAACAGGGUGAUCCUAUACCUCGAGUUGAAUAUACGCCUGAAGAAACAGAAACAUGGAAAGUGGUUUAUACAGCAUUAAAUCGUUUAUAUCCUACACAUGCUUGUAAUGAAUACUUAGCAAACUGGCCAUUACUGAGAGAAAAAUGUGGCUAUCGAGAAGAUAACAUUCCACAAUUAGAAGAUGUUUCUAAUUUUUUACGAGAACGUACAGGCUUUACAUUACGACCAGUUGCCGGUUAUUUAUCACCAAGAGAUUUCCUAUAUGGUUUAGCAUUUCGCGUUUUCCAUUGUACUCAAUAUAUUCGUCAUUCAACCAAUCCAUUCUAUACGCCAGAACCUGAUUGUUGUCAUGAAUUACUAGGACAUGUUCCUCUAUUGGCAGAUCCAAAUUUUGCUCAAUUUUCGCAUGAAAUUGGAUUAGCAGCUGCUGGAGCAUCAGAAGAAGAUAUUAACAGACUCGCAACGUGUUAUUUCUUUACAAUCGAAUUUGGAUUAUGUCGUCAAAAUGGUGAACUACGUGCUUAUGGUGCAGGUUUAUUAUCCUCAUGCUCUGAAUUGCAGCAUGCCAUUAGUGAUAAGGCAAAAAAACUUCCAUUUGAUCCAGAUGUUGUAUGUCGUCAAGAAUGUUUGAUUACAACCUAUCAAAAACAAUAUUUUAUUUCUGCAAGUUUUGUCGAAGCAAAAGAAAAAAUUAGAGAUUUUGCUUCAUCGAUUAAACGUCCAUUUGCAGUCCGAUAUAAUCCAUAUAAUCAAAGUAUUGAAGUUGUGACUAAUACUCAACAAGUAGCACAAAUUAUUAGUGAUCUACAAGGAGAUAUGUGUAUCAUAUUUGAUGCAUUAAGGAAAAUUGAACGUAGUAUCAAGAACGAAAAAAAUAAUGAAAAUAAAUUAAAUAAAAAAUAA